CUCCUCCGAGCGAGGGAGGUGUGAGGAGCGGCGGCCUCCGGGAUUGGCCGGGCCGGGCCAGGGGGAGCGUCUUGGCUGCCAGGUUGGGUUCCAGGGCGCUGGCGGGGCUGGAGGGGAUAGCCCGUGGGACCGGGGCUGUCCGAGCUUGGUGAGCCGGGGGCCUGUGCUCCUCUACACAACCUGGGCUUUCUGGAGGGUCCUACCCCGGUCCCCUACCCCCGGUCCCCAUCCCCCGUCCCCAUCCCCCGUCCUCAGCUCCCUGCCCCUCCUUCUUUUCCCUGUUCCCAGCGCUCUGCACCUGUUCCCACCUGUCUCUGUCCCUACCCGCCCCCCCCGCCCCUGUUCUCUGUCCCUGGUCCCCCGCCCCCGUUCUCUGUCCCUAGUCCCGGUCCCAUAUUCUCUGUCUCUAGCCGUCCGCCCCCUAUUCUCUGUCCCUGGUCCCCCGCCGCCUGUUCUCUGUCCCUAGCCCCUCCCCUGUUCUGUUCCUAGUCCCCCGCCCCCUCUUCUGGGUCCCUAGCCCCCCGCUCCCGUUUUCUGUCCCUAGCCCGCGCUGCCUGCCAGGUAUAGCCACUUCGUGUGGCCAGCUCCCCUCCCCCUGCCCGGGCCCCGGCGGCAAGUGACCCGCGCUCUGGCUGUCUCGGUCCGAGCCCAUGCCCCGACCUCAGGCGUAGCUGCUCCUUCCUCCGAACAUGGAGACCCCGCCAGUGGCCAGCGGGGCCGUAUCCGUGUCUGUGUCCCCGGCCAUGGACCUUGUACUGGGCGCUUCAGCCUGUUGCUUGGCCUGUGUCUUCACCAACCCCUUGGAAGUCGUCAAGACACGGCUGCAGUUACAGGGCGAACUGCAGGCCAGGGGCACGUACGCCCGGCCCUACCGGGGGAUCCUGCAGGCUGUGGGCACCGUGGUCCGGGCGGACGGGCUCUGGGGGCUGCAGAAGGGGCUGGGAGCUGCCCUGCUCUACCAGGGCGUCAUGAAUGGCGUCCGGUUCUACUGCUACUCGCUGGCCCUGGAAGUUGGCUUCACCCACUACCACGGGGGCACCGUGGCCGCCGGGGCACUGGCGGGAGCGCUCGGAGCCUUCGUGGGAAGCCCGGCGUACCUGGUCAAAACACAGCUGCAGGCAAAGACAAAGGCUCCCCUGGCUGUUGGCCAUCAGCACCAGCAUAAGACUGUCCUCAGUGCCCUGGAAACCAUCUGGCGACAGCAAGGCAUCUCAGGUCUGUGGCGAGGGGUUAGCGGGGCCGUGCCUAGGGUCAUGGUAGGAUCAGCUGCCCAACUGGCCACCUUCGCUUCGGCCAAAACGUGGGUACAGGACCAUCAGUGGUUCCAGAAGGACAGCUGGCUUGUGGCUCUGGCUGGGGGCAUGAUCAGCAGUGUGGCAGUAGUCACUGUGAUGACGCCAUUUGAUGUGGUCAGCACUCGCUUGUACAAUCAGCCCGUGGACCCAGCGGGAAGGUCCAGUCCUACUGUCCAAUGGUAAGACCUGAGAGUCUCAUUCCCAGCAGAUCUGGAUUCACCCUGGAUGGUGAAUUCUUUUGGCCAGAACAACCCAGGACCCUCUCCCCUCUCCUUAGACUUAAUGAAUAUUAAUUAAAUCCUUAUCAAGUGCCAGGCCUUGUACUCUGAGCUGGGGUCUAAUCAACAAACGAUUACUAAAUGCUUUUGUGACAGGUACAGUGCUAGGGCUACAAAAAUAAGGAAGUGAAAUGAUUCAUGAGUUUACAUUGUAACAAAAGAAGACCACACACAAAGAAGGAGGAGGUAGAAUUUGGAACUGGUCCAGAAGUGUCAUGGAGGCCUACAUUUGGGAAUGAUAAGAUGAACAUUCGCUCAUCACAGUUCAGGGUCCCACAAGACAAGACUCCUACUUCUGGUAGAAGGAGAACCAGUGUGUGGUAGCAUAGUCAAGAAAAGCCGGGGAGUGAUAUAACAGAUAUGACCAAGGUCCUGCUCUCAUGGAGCUUACGUUCGGUUGGGAAGGAAAUAUAGGUUAUGACCAAAGUCCUGUCCUUAUGGAGUUUACAUUCUGUUGGGCUGGAAACAUACAAAUGACCAGAUCCUGCCAUCAUGGAGUUUAUAUUCUGUUGGGCUGGAAACAUACACAUAACCAAGGUCCUGCCCUCAGGAAGCUUAUAUUCUGUUGGGCUGGAAACAUACAAAUGACCAGAUCCUGCCAUCAUGGAGUUUAUAUUCUGUUGGGCUGGAAACCUACAAAUAACCACAUCCUGCCAUCAUAGAGUUUAUAUUCUGUUGGGAUGGAAACCUACAAAUGACCAAGGUCCUGCCCUCAUAGGGCUUAUAUUCUUUUGGGCUGGAAACAUACAAAUGAUCAAGGCCAUGCCUCCAAAGAGUUUACAUUCUGUUUGGAUGGAAAUAUACAUAUGACCAAGGUCCUGCCUUCAAGGAGUUUCCAUUCUUUUGGGAUUCAAAGAUACAAAUGACCUCAAGGAGCUUACAAUCUAAUAACAGCUGAAUCUUUAUGUAACAAUUUAUGGAUAUGACUUCCUUGGAUCUUCACAAACAGCCCUGUGAGGUAGACAGGACAGCACCUACGUUAGCCUCAUUUUACAUUUAUGGAGAAACUGACGCCCAAAGAUUAAACUGUCUUUUCCAAGGUAUCACAAGGAUAAUAAGUAGUACCUGAGCUGAGAUUCAAAUUCAGGCCUUCUGGUAUUGUUUUUUUCUGGGGGAAAGGAGGAGUUGACAUGUCAAGGAGAAUGAAAUAGGACAUGCAAAGGAGAGGCCCCAGUUAGGAAAUAGGGAGAGAGAAGCCACUUUCCUGAAGGAUGGGAAAUCAAAGGAGGCUUAAUGGAGAAUCUAGCCCCUGAGUUUGACCUUGAAGAGAGGGAGAGACUUCAGGAAGCAGAAUGGGAAAGAAGAUUCUGUUCUAACCACACAGAGGAAAGAGAGAGUGAGAACCAGGAUGGAGGUUUAUCUCAUUGCCUAGAAUGGAGAAUGACUCAUGUGAAGACCGCGUAUUUUAAAAUCAGCCGGAGCCAGGAAUUCAGGUUAG